AUGAACUUCAGUUACAAGAACUAUUUCACCUUGGCAUUGGUGUUGUUGACCUUGUGUGCAAGUACGUGUCAAGGUAAUCGGAGAAGAUGCAACAUCCAUUCCCAACCUCACCCACAGGGAAUAUGUGGAGAGAGGCUGGCCCGAGCUCACGAAAAUCUCUGCUUUCUGAUGCGGCAGUGGUACCCCGAUCACUUCUCUAGGAAACGAUCUGCAGAUGACACCUUUAAAGAGCAACUCCUCAACGUCCCGCUUUCAACUUUUGCAAAACUGCAGCUGAGUUUAAACUCCCGGGAUGUACUCUUCGGGAUCUUUACUUUAUUUUUUUUUUACUUAAAUAUUAACAAACACAUAUUUUCGCUCAUGCCAACAAUUAAACUCCCCAAUUACACUUUUUUUUUCUUCUUUGCAGAAACUCCUUACCACUUUUCGAACACCGUGGCUCUCUUAUCUGAUGGUGGCUACAGACAAAAUCUGGACAGACGUCAUCAACCUCUGGAAUCAGAUGGGACCAGAAUGACAAAGACCGUAUUGCAGUUGUUGACAGGAACAGCCUAUGGUCGAGUGAAGCGUGUACGACGCAGCAUGGUUUGUGACUGCUGCAUCAACCGAUGUACCACUCGACACCUUGCCACUUACUGUUAA